AUGUCAAAGGAAACUGCCCUUGGCCCCAGGAUCACCUAUCCACCCACCCGAAAGCCCGAAGAUAAGCAUUGGGGCAAAGGACGUCGACGACCAGUGAGGCAUAAUACCGUCCCCAAAGGCGCUUGCGUCGGACUCUUCACGUACCGUUCCAAAACAUGCGAAUCGGAUAUCGAGAUCCUCACUUCCGAUCCACCUAAUGUGAUCCAUUAUUCCAACCAGCCGGAUUACGAUCCUAUCUCAGAUACCGCUAUCCCUGGGGCGGGCUCCAUGGUGAAUAUUUCGGUGCCGUGGACGGUGUGGUCGACGCAUCGCUUGGAUUGGUUUCCUGAUCUCUCGCGUUGGUAUGCUGGGGAGACUUUGCAGGCGGUUAAGGCCUAUGGUGUGCCUCGGGAGCCGAGUACUUUGGUGUUGAACCUGUGGAGCGAUGGGGGGAAUUGGACGGGGAAUUUGAGGGCUGGGGAGUCUGUAUUCUUGGGAGUUGAGUGGAUUGAGAUGGCGUUCAAUGUUUCUUCAGUGGCUGGGGCGUCUGUUGGCCGUGGUGAGGGCUUGACGAGGUCGCGAGGUAGCGCGGUUCGGAGGGCUGAUUUGGGGGAUGUUGGCAGUAAUGUGGGCAGAGCUAGGAGUAAGACAUUAGAAGGUGAUAUCCCGAAGCAAGAGAAUAUACGAACAGGGAAUGAGGUUGGGUGUCGAAAAGCGUGUUAUGUGAGUGACUUUCAUUAA